ACGUCCCGCUUUCCGUCAUCCCACCCUCCCUGCAGCAAGUGUUCUUGGGAGUGGUAGUUUCCACAUCGGGCAGCUGCAGCUCCCGCUACGGCGUCCGCCCGACCGCGAAACUACAGCGGGUGGCGCGCAGCGCGCAAGACUCUUCCGCCUCGCCUGUCCCCGCCCCAGCCGCCCGCGCGCCCGCCCUAGGUAUCAUGGCGGCUCCCUUGGCCCUGGUUCUGGUGGUGGCCGUGACCGUGCGGGCGGCCUUAUUCCGCUCUAGUCUGGCCGAGUUCAUUUCCGAGCGGGUAGAGGUGGUGUCCCCUCUGAGCUCGUGGAAGCGAGUGGUUGAAGGCCUGUCGCUGCUGGACUUGGGGAUAUCUCCAUAUUCUGGAGCAGUCUUCCAUGAAACUCCACUCAUAAUCUAUCUCUUUCAUUUCCUGAUUGAUUAUGCUGAGUUGGUAUUUAUGAUAAGCGAUGUGCUCACUGCUGUUGCCCUCUAUUUUGCAAUCCAGGAUUUCAAUAAAGUUGUGUUUAAAAAGCAAAAACUCCUCCUAGAACUGGACCAGUAUGCCCCUGAUGUGGCCGAACUCAUCCGAACCCCUAUGGAAAUGCGUUACAUCCCUCUGAAAGUGGCUCUGUGCUAUCUCUUAAAUCCCUACACGAUCUUGUCUUGUGUUGCCAAGUCUACCUGCGCCAUCAACAACACCCUCAUUGCUUUCUUCAUAUUGGCUACUAUAAAAGGCAGUGCUUUCCUCAGUGCAAUUUUUCUUGCCUUAGCAACAUACCAGUCUCUGUACCCACUCACCUUGUUUGUGCCAGGACUCCUCUAUCUCCUUCAGCGGCAGUACAUCCCUGUGAAAGCGAGGAGCAAGGCCUUCUGGAUCUUCCUGUGGGAAUACGCCAUGAUGUACGUGGGAAGCCUGGUGGUAAUCGUUUGCCUCUCCUUCUUCCUUCUCAGCUCCUGGGAUUUCAUCCCCGCAGUCUAUGGCUUCAUACUGUCCGUUCCAGAUCUCACUCCAAACAUUGGCCUUUUCUGGUACUUCUUUGCAGAGAUGUUUGAGCACUUCAGCCUCUUCUUUGUAUGUGUGUUUCAGAUCAACGUUUUCUUCUACACCAUUCCCUUAGCCAUCAAGCUAAAGGAGCACCCCAUCUUCUUCAUGUUCAUCCAGAUCGCCGUCAUCGCCAUCUUUAAGUCCUACCCAACUGUGGGGGAUGUGGCGCUCUAUAUGGCCUUCUUCCCUGUGUGGAACCAUCUCUACAGAUUCCUGCGAAACAUCUUUGUCCUCACCUGCAUCAUCAUCGUCUGUUCCCUGCUCUUCCCUGUGCUGUGGCACCUGUGGAUUUAUGCGGGAAGUGCCAACUCUAACUUCUUCUAUGCCAUCACCUUGACCUUCAAUGUUGGGCAGAUCAUGCUCAUCUCUGACUACUUCUAUGCCUUCCUGCGGCGGGAGUACUACCUCACACACGGCCUCUACCUAACUGCCAAGGAUGGCACGGAGGCCAUGCUUGUGCUCAAGUAGGCCUGCUGGGCACAGGCUGCACGGACCUCAUAGGGCGGAGGGGCCUGGAGCUGGGCCCAGCCCUCGAUGCGGAGUCGCCAACAGACAAGGCUCAAGUCUAGGAUCACCAGUCUGUGGCACCAGAGGAGCCCUGUGCUGAGAGCAAGGCCUGUGGGGAGGAGCUGGACGCCUCAGAACCCUUUGUGGCUCUGCACACCGAGGAGCCCCCCACCUGGAGAACAGAGGGUUGGCAGCAGGUGAGCAGGGCUGUCAGGUUGUGGCUGCUUAAUAAAUGAUUUUUUGUUAUAAA